AAAUCGUUGGAAGAUGUUUUUUUUAGUUCAUUCACGUUUGUUACGCAAUGGAAAGCUAUAGUCAGUCAUACAUAGAGCAACUGCCAGUUGCUCACGCGCAGUGGUAACUUUUCCAGUUUUUUGGAGAAAAAACGAACGGUUCUACGCAAAUUGUGAAAAAAAUUGGGUGAUUUACGAGUGGUGUUAAAAAUUUUGGAAUAUAAUUUCAAUAAAAUAUAAAAAUGGCUGAGCAAAACGGUACCAGUGAAUUAGCUUACGUAGUUCAUACAUCAGAGGAUCUUGGUAGAUAUCUAGUUGCUGCUCGAGAUCUGACUCCAGGAGACCUGGUCCUCACUGAAAGACCUCUGGUCUUUGGACCCAAGGGUAUGCUGGACCCUGAAGCAAUUAUGCCUUGCGUUGGUUGUUACAAACCAGUAUUAACCGAGGCAGGAGAACGAUGCGCUAAGUGUGGCUGGCCAGUUUGUUCAGGCAACUGUCCAGGACUAAAAGACUCAAGACAUCAUGCUGCUGAAUGUGCUAUUCUCAGUCUCAGACCUGAAUGUGUUGUCAAUGACAUGGCUGAUUACUACAGGCAUGAUGCUUUGCUUCCAUUGAGAUGCGUUCUUCUCCAGAAGACAGAUCCUGAAGGUUGGAAGAACUUAUUGGAUAUGCAGUCGCACAUGGAAUCUCGGAUACCGGGCACUGAAGCUUACGAUGAGGCGAACGAAUUUAUCGUUGAAUAUCUUAUGAACAACUUCAUCAGCAAAUUGGGUGAAAAAGAAAGUAAAUCAUACGCGAUCACUUCAGAAUUACUUCAUAGAAUUUGUGGGAUCAUCGACACAAACGCCCUAGAGAUUCGAUUACCUGAAGGAGCAGAACUUAAUGCCUUGUAUUCUAACACUUGUAAAAUGGAACAUAGUUGCAUACCAAACACUAAGCAUACUUUUAGUCUUACACCAAAAGAUAGAAAAGAUUUGUACAAAAUUACCAUAAAAGCCGUUGUUCCAGUAGUAAAGGAUUAUCACAUAUCAACAAUGUAUAGUCAUGCUUUAUGGGGUACUCAGGCAAGGAGGCAACAUUUGAAGGAUACAAAAUUCUUCGCUUGCAAAUGCCCAAGAUGUAGUGACCCAACUGAACUUGGAACUUAUCUAAGUGCCAUGAAAUGCUUAGGUGAUGGUACAAACCCAUGUGAUGGGAUACAUUUGCCAGAAGAUCCUUUGGAUGAUGAAACAGAUUGGUCAUGCAGCAAAUGUCCAGCCAAAGUGAGCAAUUCCCAAGUAAAUAUGGUGAUAUCUCAAAUGGGGGAAGAUGUUGAAAAUGUCCUAAUGAUGGGAGGUUCUGUAACAGUGUUAGAGAAUCUUUUAUUCAGGUUAUCAACAUUUUUGCAUCCGAAUCAUUACCAUAUGUAUACGAUUAAGCAUUCUUUAGUACAACUGUAUGGAAGGCAGCCAGGAUACACGUCGAAAGAAUAUUUGGAGAAGAAAAUCAAAAUAUGCAGAGAGUUGAUAGCUAUUACAAAGACUUUAGAUCCGGGGAAUGCUAGACUUAGUUUAUAUAAUAGUGUAUUACAACAUGAAUUACAUUCUGCUUUAUUGAUAAAGGCAAAAGAUUUAAAUGAUGAUGAUUUAAAACCGUUGAUGACUGAAGCUAAACUAGCAAUAGAAGACGCAUUGAAUUCUCUAAAAGAUGAUAUGGAAGAAAUUUCUGGAAAGAAACUACAGUCUGUUAUUGAAGACAGUAAAAGAGAAUUUGAAAAGUUUUGUAAACAAAAGAAGUUGACUCUUUAGAUGUUUUCAUUAAAAGAUUUGUUUGUA